AUGGAAGCCUGUCCGUACUUGAGCGAAGAUGUGUUGGUUGGAAUCCUGGCGAGACUGCCCGUAAAACCUUUGCUCCGUCUUCGGACAGUAUGCAAAUCGUGGAAGUCCAUCAUAGGCAGCCCCGAAUUCAGGUCCUUGCACCUCUCCAUAAAGCGCUACUCCUCCACAGUCUUGCUCACCACAAAAUACCCUCAACUCCUCGACUCUUACGAUCCUGUAGAGUGGUACAUGUUGCUUGACAAUGAUCACCAUCGCCCUGCAGACCCUUCCUGGUUGGGGCCUCUCGAUUUCCCUUUCGCAUACCCACGCUUGACGUCUCCUCACAUAGUGGGCUCCAUCAACGGCUUGAUAUGCGAAUCUGUGUCUCUAACGUGUGCCUACGAUGUGCAAGCCGUCAUAUCCGUCAUGCUAUGGAACCCCACCAUCCGGAGGCACGUCUACCUACCGGACCUCACCUUGACCAAACCAGAUAAAUCGUCCAUCGAGUUUGGAUACGACCCCACAACAGACGACUACAAAAUUGUGGUCCUUACAUUCGGCAGAGUCGUUACAGUCCCAGAGUACAACGUCUAUUCCUUGAACUCCAACGCGUGGCGCAAAGGUAAUUUCCUUGUGCACCCGUGGCCUGACCGCGAAAUAUCAUUUCAUACUACGGGCGCUUUCGUGGGAGGCAAGAUGCACUGGCUCCUCUGUAAAGCAGAUUAUGGGAGGCGCAUGUAUAGUAUCUUCAGCCUUUACUCGUUUGACGUGGCGGAAGAGGUUUUUGAAGAGGUGGCCUUACCGCCACAGGAUCCUGACACCAUGUUUACUUUUCCCCGGGUUACUGUACUGGGGGACUCGUUGCUUGUGGGACUGGGCCGACUGGCCUCAAAAAAGUUCUCUUGGACCAUUUGGGUGCAGAUAGCUGCCGGCGGCUGGAAGAAAAUGUACAGAGUCGAGGAAAUAGGCCUGCCAACUGAGUUUGUGUGUGUUUUGAAGAAUGGGGAGUUGAUCGUGGACAAGGCCCGAGAAGAUGAUGAUUACUGUAGUUGCUUAUCUGCAUAUGACCCAAGGGCUAGGCAGUUUAAGGACUUGGAGCCCUUGCCUUUCUCUCAACUACGACGACAUGGGGGUGUGGCGUCUCUCAAUGAUCACCAAGAGAGUCUCGUCCUCCUGGACUGCACGCCGGUUGGUGACCCGGCACACGCUAGUCGCUCUAUGUCCUGCCAAGUUCAAAUCAAAAGGAAGACACCGUCAGGAGAAAAAAAUUAG